AUGCCAGAGACAUCGAUUCUCUAUUCAGCAGCACCCUACCACAUCAUCAGCUAUGGUGUCCUCCUGGGCACGACAACUUUCCAAUCUUUUAUUGGGGGUAUCGUAGCAUUCAAAUCGCUUCCUCGACCUCAAUUUGCAACCCUCCAGCAAGCGACGUUUCCCAUAUACUUCACGAUGCAGACCGCCUUGCCUCUUGCUCUCGCACUGACAUUUCCCGCCGAGAGAACGGCGAUUGGAACAAACCCUGCUAGUAUAGCGGGCGUCCUACAUCCGGAAAACAGAUUGCACGUCCUCACACCCCUGGUGACAAUGCUUGUCACAGGACUGAUGAACAUGGCGUACCUCGGGCCUGCAACGACCAAAUGCAUGCGUGAGAGGAAACACCAGGAGACCAAGGAUGGGAAAAGGAGCUACGAUCCGCCGCCGCAUAGCAAAGAGAUGCAAGGACUCAAUAAGAGAUUCGAGAUACUGCAUGGCACAUCUUCGCUGGUGAACCUGAUGUCAUGGGUUGCUAUGGUCUGGUACGGCUUCUAUCUCGGACAAAGGAUUGCUUGA